GCACCGAAUAUUACCCCGAAAUCAGUUCAAUUAGAAACAUCCUACUCAGAUCCGUCAACCACUCUCCGUCGCAAGAACACCAAAUUAAUUCCUUCAACCGCCAUGGUUUCCAAAGAGAAAUCCACCGCCAAAAAGCUUCCUCCUCUCUGCAACACCAACAACAAUGCCAGAGAACUCCAUUUCCGAGGCGUUCGUAAGAGGCCUUGGGGCCGAUACGCCGCCGAGAUCCGAGAUCCUGGCAAGAAGAGCCGCGUUUGGCUCGGAACCUUCGAUACGGCAGAGGAGGCGGCGUAUGCUUACGAUAACGCCGCGCGCCAGUUCCGCGGCGCAAAAGCUAAAACCAAUUUCCCUCUACCUGAUGAGUUGAUCGACGUUUCUCCUCGCAAGAUCAGCCAAAGCCCUAGCCCUAGCAGCACCGUCGAAUCCUCUUCCUCCUCCAGCCAAGAAAAAACUCCCUCACCGGAGAUCGUCCGUAGCUACGGCGUCGCACGAACUUUUCCGUUCAUUCAGCCGCAGUUUUUGCAUCAAGUCGGCGGAGGCGGUAGCGCUCGUCCUGUUUUGUUCAUGGAUGCUUUUGUUCGACCUGAGUUUGUUGCUCAGGGCUAUCCUAUUCGGUACGAUUCGGCAAGGUUCGCCGGCGAGAUCCAGACCAAAUCGGAUUCAUUGUCCGUGGUUGACUGCCGGCCGGCGAAGGAAAUUCUCAAUCUCGAUCUUAAUCUCGCUCCGCCCGUGGAUGCUUGAUUUCUCCGCUAAUUUUGUCCUUUUUGUUUUGGAUUUUUUAAAAAAAAAAAAAAUUAAUUUAGUUAGAUCUUUAGAAAUAGAACAAAAAAAUUAACGUACUGUAAAGAAAAAUGAAAAAUAAAAAAUAGGGUUUUUUUUCUUUUAAUUUUAUUUUGGUGGCAGCUUGUGGGAGAUCUAAGUUUUAAUCCAACGGCUGUAUCUCGUUAAGUUCUGUUUGUUAUAAUGCUCUGAGAAGACUGUAUAGCCUUCAAUUAUAUAAAGCUUCAACUAAUCCAAAAUUAUUCCCC